CUACACCGGAAGUUACAGUCAGGUCGUUAGUGUUCAGGAGCACGGCUGGAGGGACCGGCAAAGACCGGGGUAACAGGAGGAGCCGGUAGACAGAAAAAAAACACAAUCCACGGGAUGAAACAUAUUGAUGUGUGCUUCUUUUCAAAGUUCAGCUAUCACUCACUUAACGUUCCUUAUUCUGAACAUCCCCAUUGCAAGAGUCUUACGUACAAGAGUUGAAUAUUUCCGGGGAAGGGAGACUGUUGCGACUGCCCGCUCCAUUGCCUGGAGAAGAACGAGCCUGUUAUUUUAGUGAGCCUGGUGUGUGAGAGGAGAACAUAGUGUGUAAGCAGCUCUCCAUAUGUGUGUGACAAUGGGAGACAUCAGUGACCUGGACCGACAAAUAGAGCAGCUCAGACGCUGUGAGCUCAUUAAGGAAAAUGAAGUCAAAGCACUGUGUGCCAAAGCCAGAGAGAUUCUGGUUGAAGAAAGCAAUGUCCAGAGAGUAGACUCUCCUGUCACAGUGUGUGGGGAUAUACAUGGUCAAUUCUAUGACUUGAAAGAGCUAUUUAGAGUUGGAGGAGAUGUCCCAGAGACAAAUUAUCUCUUCAUGGGCGACUUUGUGGACAGAGGCUUCUACAGUGUGGAGACUUUCCUUCUUCUGCUAGCUCUUAAGGUGCGAUAUCCAGACAGGAUAACCUUGAUCCGGGGAAACCAUGAGUCCCGGCAAAUCACCCAGGUGUAUGGCUUCUACGAUGAGUGCCUCCGCAAGUAUGGUUCAGUCACUGUCUGGAGAUACUGCACUGAGAUCUUUGACUACCUGUCUCUCUCUGCUAUCAUUGAUGGCAAGAUCUUCUGCGUGCAUGGUGGCUUGUCUCCCUCCAUCCAGACACUGGACCAGAUCCGGACCAUUGACAGAAAACAGGAGGUUCCCCAUGAUGGGCCCAUGUGUGACCUUCUUUGGUCUGAUCCUGAAGACACCACAGGGUGGGGGGUGAGUCCCAGAGGUGCUGGAUACUUGUUUGGAAGUGAUGUGGUGGCCCAGUUCAAUGCUGCCAAUGACAUCCACAUGAUCUGCCGAGCACACCAGCUGGUCAUGGAGGGAUACAAGUGGCACUUCAACGAAACCGUGCUCACUGUGUGGUCAGCACCCAACUACUGCUACAGAUGUGGCAAUGUGGCAGCCAUUUUGGAGCUGGAUGAGCAUCUACAGCGGGAGUUUAUCAUAUUUGAAGCAGCACCACAAGAAACCAGGGGCAUCCCUUCCAAGAAGCCGGUAGCUGACUAUUUUCUGUGAAGUCGUUGAGCAGACAGCCAUGAUGUGUUGAAACCUCUGGUACCAUUUCACACCUACCACUCCAUCCUGCUGCUGGUCGGUUCUGUCGGUCUGAACUCACAGCAGUUAGACAGAAAACCUGCCAAACCCACUGAAGCUCCAUACAGCUUUAGGUUGAAGAGCUGGAUUUUUGCCAUACUGCCCAAACCUGACAGAGCAGUCACUGUGAAAGGUGUAGGGACGAGGUUGAUACUGGGCCCAUGACUGUUGUCACAUCUCUACAGCUAUAUAAGAUGGUCAUUUUCUUUCUGCCCUCAGCCUCCUUUCAUUUUCAUCUGCUGUCCUCACUUACUCUGUAGAUAAGACACUUUCCCUUCUUGACUUAACCUCCACCACACUUGUAGUAUUUUUUCAUGACGAACAUUAUCAUUUAGUUUUAGAAGUAUUUGGAAGGAGUUGGAUCUCUUUUUUUCUCUCCCAAAAAUAUGCAGAUGUAGGAAGUUUCACAAUUGUAUCUUUUUAAGGAAUUCCUUCGAUGCAUAUGUUCUUUGUUUUUGAUUUUUGAAUAAUUGUUGCUGCCAGGAUUAAAUGCAAAACGACCAAUUCCCCCUAACCCGGUUUUGCUCUUAUGUUUCUUUUUAACUGUCAUGUGUUAUGUGAGUCACUAUUUAACAUACCCAGUGCUGCUGCUUAGCACCAUCACAAAUAAAUACCAUUGAUGUAAUGACUCCCAAUAGGAGUCACUAUAUUCACCAUUGUUUUCUCUCUUAAUUCCUUUUAAUCUACAAGUCUCUGUAGGUCUGUCAAUUUUGAUAUUGUGAGAAUAAAGUUUUUGUAUUAAUGCUGA